AUGCCAGUGACUCUCCAAGUUGCCACACAUGACUCAAAAGUCGUCAGUCAAUAUGUGAAGACAGAGCACGGGGGCUCGCAAGAUGUGCUCCAGAAGCUCAUCCACUCGCCCGCCCAGAGUCAGGCAGGCGGCGAGAUUGGCCCAAUUCUCGUCACCGGUUCGGGCCAGCAGACAUCCUUUACCGAUGCGAAGUUAAAGGAGAUGAAAUUCAGUGUCCAGGACCACGGCUUGAUUCGUGCCGCCUACUACGCGUAUUCAUUCCAUCACAACCUGGUCCUGCGGCCCGAGGAUAUCUGGUUUGCUAUCUUAACCCAAUUCAGCUUCUACGUCAAUGCAAACUCGGAGAAGCUUCGCUCGUCUUUUGUCGCGCAUGAGGGCAAGAAGGGCCUGGUCCUCCGUGACCCAGGCCAGGAUGACAUGGGCCUCAUGUGUCGCAACAUGACCAAGCUCAUCGACGAAAACAUUGUUGACAAGAAGCUGCGUGAAUGGAUCCUGCCGUCCUUCACGACCACGACUCUCAAUGACGAGGUGGUCGCUGCCGUCAUCAUGAUGGGCACCCUGCAGAGGUACUUUGAAUACGUGUUUGAUUGUACUUGUUGCGGUAUCCCGCGCGUCACCUUGCUCGGCGAGCUGAGCGACUGGGAGGAUAUACAGCGCCGCGUCGAGAAGCUGAGCGAAUACGGCGAGGAGCCGAGCCGGUUCUGUGAGCUGCUCCGGCCGAUCCUGCAGUACAUGAUUCUCUCCUUCAAGAUACCAGAAGAUCCAGGGGUCGUGGACUUUUGGAGCAAGAUCAUCCACCAUAAUCAAGGCAGUGGGAUGAACUCUUUGGACGGGUGGCUGGUCGCAUUUUGCUUCUGGGAUGAGAAGGGCAAGUGCCUCGUUAAAGAACCCCGUUUUUCCGGCGAUGGCAAGUCCGAUGCCACCUCCUCGCUCAAGGUUCCUUUUCACUCAGUGGAAUUCGAUGACGUACCAUGCGGAUUCGUUUCGUGCCCUUUGACGUAUAUAUCUCCGGACAAGGAGGUCAUAAGCGCCAAGUUGCUGGCUGGGCUCGCUGGAUUCGAGUUGACCAAAUCCCUCUACGAUAUCCUCCCUGUCGCUGAGGUUGAAAGCAAUACUGCGGCGAGCGAAGAGGAGAAUAAAAGCCAAAGCGGCCUCUCUCGGCUAUUUUCCAAGCUAAAGGCCACAGGCACGCCAGCAGAGAAGCUUCAGCCAGGCACACAAGGCAAAAGCCGGAUUUCGCUGCUCCACUCGGAAAAGGCAUCACACGAGGCAGACACACUCCAGCCUGCCUCUGGGUGGUGGAUGUACAGGGGCGAGGCUAGGGAAGAUACCGGCAAGUCGCGCGCCCAGUUCUAUGAAGACAAGAUGGCGAAUGACUGGAAUGGCCAAGUGAGUACGGGUUAUGUCCAGGAGGACGGCAAGACUGUGAUAGUAAAGGAAGGACUGCCAUCCGACUAUACAUUGUAG